AUGCAACUCUCUGCACGCUUUAUUGCGCUUAUAUCUCUCGCCAUCCUUGCUGUGGCGUCACCCGCGCCAGUGAGACGUUAUGAUGCCACAAUAUAUCACUCAGCCAAGCGAGGAGCCCUCGAGACCAAUCUCGUUAGAUAUGCCGGAGACGUUCCUGCAGUAAAGCGCGAGACCAACUUCGUGAGAUAUUCUAGCUACGGUGGAGGCAGCGAUAUUGGAGUAAAGAAGCGCGAGCCCGAGUCAGAAUACGCCAAGAGGGGGGACCCGGACGACGGUGAUGUCGCCGUCGCUGCUAAGAGGGGGGAUCCGGACAACGGUGAUGUCGCCGUCGCUGCUAAGAGGGGGGACCCGGACGAUGGUGAUGUCGCUGUCGCCGCUAAGAGGGGGGACCCGGACGACGGUGAUGUCGCCGUAGCUGCAAAGAGGGGCGAUGGCGAUGACGGUGACUACGCCAAGGCUGCUAAGAGAGGGGACCCGGACGACGGUGAUGUCGCCGUAGCUGCAAAGAGGGGGGACCCGGACGAUGGUGAUGUCGCCGUCGCCGCUAAGAGGGGGGACCCGGAUGACGGUGAUGUCGCCGUCGCUGCAAAGAGGGGCGAUGGCGAUGACGGUGACUACGCCAAGGCUGCUAAGAGGGGGGACCCGGACGACGGUGAUGUCGCCGUAGCUGCAAAGAGGGGGGACCCGGACGAUGGUGAUGUCGCCGUCGCCGCUAAGAGGGGGGACCCGGACGACGGUGAUGUCGCUGUAGCUGCAAAGAGGGGCGAUGGCGAUGACGGUGACUACGCCAAGGCUGCAAAGAGGGGUGACCCGGACGACGGUGAUGUCGCCGUGGCUGCGAAGAGGGGGGACCCAGAUGACGGUGAUGUCGCCGUGGCUGCGAAGAGGGGGGACCCGGAUGACGGUGAUGUCGCCGUCGCUGCAAAGAGGGGAGAUCCGGACGACGGUGAUGUCGCCGUCGCUGCCUAGAUGUGACUGGCAUGACCGUUUUGUAAGUUUCAGUAUUUUCCGUUGAAAUUAUCACGGGCACUCUACUUAGUAUUCCAUGCUUACUCGUUGUUGUAAAGUCUCCUUAGAAUUUUCCAAAAUCUAACUACU